AUGGCUCUUCAACCAUCAGCGCACCGCAUCUAUCGCGCAACCAUGGAAGUCAUAUUUGCCGAUCUCCGGGAGUUUGCUCGGAACUUUGAGCUUCCGAUUUGUCCCAUCGAGCCUUUGCUUCCAAAGGCGCAUCGAUCCCGUGCUGACUUUUCAAUUUCCCCGCGCGCUAUGGACUUCGUCGAUGAGGAGAAACCGGUGCCCGAACUCGAUAUCAAUGACGCCAAAGCCGCACGCUACAAUCUGCGCAGAGUAAUGCCGAGAGCUGCGCCAGCCUCCUACGCGUCUGCUAAGGACUCGACUUUGAACACACCUACGAACGUUGAUGCGGAUGCUUACAGCUCCGGCGCUGUCACCACAUCGCGCAAUUUUGAUACCGCCAAGGUCUACUCACUUGUUAACAUCGCUCAGAUCAACGCCGCUGACAGUUACUGCUCCGCUGCGGACACCGCAUACAACGGCGCCCAUUCGGUCAGUAUGAUUUGA